AUGGCACCACCAUUAAAAUUCAACAAGAGAAUACGUUCUAAGCUCAAUCCAAAGGAUGGUAGCACAGGGAAGUUGAAAGCUAAGGAGCCGGUAAAUCUAUCUGACUUGUUGCAUGACAAGGACAACUCGUCUAUUGAAGUAUUCAAGAUGUAUCAGAAGAAGAACUAUUUACCUCACAAUCAGCGAAUAUCAAACUUCGCAUGGAGGAUACAGAAUAAAAAGUUGAUGCAUCAAAGAUACCGUCAGGAACAUGAACAAAGUAGUUUCCCUAGCUCCACUUCAUAUGCUGACAAGGUAAAUGAUCCCAACUUAGAUGAAUUCGACUAUGUGGCCCAUAUACGUAUGAUUAGUCAAGAAGAGUAUGGUCAAACAAAUAGCAUAUCUCUCAACGCUACUACAACUCCAUUGAACAUGGGCAAUCAAUUUAAUUCCCCCGACUCAAAUUCUAAUUCUUUGACUUCUCAAAAUUCGUCACUUUUCAGCAAUAUCAAAUCCGUGAACACUCCAAGUAUCCUGGCGAACAAUAACGGGAGUGCGUUUCUCAAGACGGAUGUCGCUGGGAACAGUGGGAAUAAUAAUGGGAAUAAUUUUUUGUCAACUUACAUCAAUUCGUUAGAGUCAUCGUUGAAGCAAGAUUAUGCUAUGGAUCAAUCCCCACCAAAAAGCAAAGCUGGGAAUUCACCGUUAAAUUCCAGCAAAAAGAUCUUGCAAUGCACCAACUGUCAAACUAGAACAACUCCUUUGUGGAGGAAGUCUAACAAUGGUGAUCUCUUGUGUAAUGCAUGUGGGCUAUUCUACAAAUUACAUGGUGUUUUGCGACCCUUCAAUACCCUGAAACAACUGAGCGAUAGGGCCUUUUUGAACGGCAAUGUGAAUUCAUUUGCUGAUUUAAGUAAAACUGAUACCUCUAAUGGGGAGGUUUUGAAUAUAUCACCAUCAGCUGGAGGAAUAGAUGGUUCUCCGAAUAUAUCAAAGCUUGUUAAUAAUCGUGGCGAUCUUAACAGUCAUUCUACUAGCCAAAGCUAUUACAAGGGAGAUAAACCUGGUGAUAUAAAUACUAAUAUUUUUAGUAAUGAGUUGAGUCCCAUAAAUGGAAAAGACGGUGGUAAUACAGAUGAAAUAGAUAAGUUACUAAAUAUGAAUUUAUUUCAGUCUGAAACUUAUACCAUAGGUAACCACAAUCACAACAACCAAAAGACUUUAUACGAUCUCCAGCAGCCGGUCUUAGAUAAUAUAAAUGGAGCUGAGUCAAACAAUCAGUACAACAAUUCCUGGGAUUGGUUAGACUUCGGACCGACAUCAUUGGGAGGUCAUUAA